CAGGCAGCGUGAAGUUGGCUGCGCGCAGCUCAACGCUCACGUGAACUUGGCCGCACUCCACACAUAACAGCGCUGCUCCACAUGGCACAGUCAACAUGCGCCUGUUAACACUGGCACAAUAAGAAGCAGACAACACACAACAAGCAGUCGCUGGAAUUUCGAGAGCAACUAAAUUGAACGUGUGUGUUUUGAACAACAAAUAUUGAAACUCAAUAUUAUGUGCCGCUGUAUACCCAAAGCGUAAACGGCACGGCCUGCGCUUAAAAUGCAGCAGCCGUUAAACCCAAACGCAAAUCCAGACAAUAGCCAUCCAAAUUUAUUGAUAAUCGCUUAAAACUCCAACAAAAAAAAAAGAAAUAUAUAUAUAAAAAAAAAGUGAGAGAGAGAAAAGAAAGCUACCAAAAUGUGCGACGAAGAAUGUGAAACUUGUGACACGGUGACUCAACGGGCGGUGCAGGCCUCGCCGGCCCAGCCAGAAGUGGCCCUAGCCGCAACCCAAACGGAUGUCCCAUUCUGGGAGCAAAAAGUUCAAAACAAAAACCCGCAAAGCAAACAGAUAGCAACGCCGGAUGUGCUGCGUCUGGCCAGCUGGCAGCUGGACGAUGUCCAGCAAUGGAUGGGCACCGUGGAGCCCUAUUCGGAUGAGCUGCGCGAUUGUCUGCUCAACGAGGCCAUUGACGGCCAGGUGCUGCUCACCCUGACGGAGCAGGAUGUGCGCGACAUGCGCUACAAGUUGAACUACAAGCUCACCUUUGGCGAAAUGAAAAAGUUCUGGCUAACGGUAUACAAUAUGCAGUUAUUGUGGCGACAGAAACAGCAGCAGCAGCAGCAGCAGACGCAGCAGCAGCAGCUGCCGGCGCAGAAGGUGCUCUUGAAUGGCGGCCCAGCCGUCUCAUCGUCGCCUCUGGUGCUGGGCAUUUCCAGUAAUUUGGCUACUCCGACAUCGCUUGGCAAUGUUUUUUUAACCUCCAAUGUGGCUGUCGAGACGUGUCCCUGUCCGGAGGCACAGGACAUGUCCGAUGCACAGCAGGAGAAGAGCAAGCUAUUGGAGGCGCCCGAAUAUUUUAAGACCGCAAUCAGUUUAGGCUACUCUUUCAUGGUCACUUGGAUAACAUCGUUUGUGAUGGUGAUCGUGCACGAGCGUGUGCCUGAUAUGAAACGUUAUCCCCCACUGCCGGAUAUAUUUCUCGAUAAUGUGCCGCACAUACCCUGGGCUUUUAAUAUGUGCGAAAUAACCGGUUCGCUAUUGUUCACCAUUUGGCUGGUUGUCCUAAUCUUCCACAAAUACCGGAUGGUCCUGUUGCGACGUUUCUUUGCACUGGCCGGCACCGUGUUCCUGCUCCGGUGCGUCACCAUGCUGAUCACAUCGCUGAGUGUGCCGGGCACACAUUUGCAGUGCAACCAGAAGGACUUUGCCAUCGAUGAUCCGACUGUGGAUGUGUUUGGCGCCCUGGUCAUACGGAUGACGCGCGCCUAUCGCAUCUGGAGCGGCCUGGGCAUGUCCAUACAGGGUGUGCGCACGUGCGGCGAUUAUAUGUUCAGCGGUCAUACGGUGGCUCUGACUCUCCUCAAUUUCUUCAUCACGGAAUAUACGCCACGCAAUCUUUACUUCCUGCACACGCUGACCUGGCUGCUGAACAUGUUCGGCAUCUUCUUUAUACUGGCCGCCCAUGAGCAUUAUUCGAUCGAUGUGUUUGUUGCCUUUUAUAUAACCUCACGGCUAUUUCUCUACUAUCACACGCUGGCCAACAAUCGGGCCCUCAUGCAGAGCGACUCGACGCGCACACGCAUCUGGUUUCCCAUGUUUAGCUACUUUGAGAGCUCUGUGGAUGGCAUUAUACCGAAUGAAUUUGAUACGCCUGGCACUCUGAUGGAUUCACUGGUGCAGCAGAUCGUUCGCAUCAAGGAUCAGGCGGUGUUUAUUGCCAAUCGGAUUUGGUUGGCCAGGCAGCAGGAUUCGCAGAGGCCAUCAUUGGAUAUAUUUCGUAGCUCCGAGCUGGAUAACAGAAAUCGUGCGAUGGGCAGCAAUUUAUACAGGUCUUCCGCGCAGGCACCGCAACAGUUGAAGCGGCCAACAAAGGAUGCAGUUGCCACAGUUGUUGCAACAGAUUUGAGAACUUCGUUCACAGAGAAGAAAGUGCUCUGAGUUUGUCCAGCUGUAACACAAAAUUCCUUUUUGUCUAUCGUCGUUCCAUGAAUGAAUCAAAACAUUGCGAAGGCUGAUGAAAAACACACACUCACACACUCAGACACGCGAACACACACCGACUGAUAAUUUGUACUUUUUAAAUUGAUACUAAUACUUUUCCCAUUGCAGCACCUGUUUCUGUAUUAUCAUAUAUAUAUGUAUAUAUAUAUAUAUAUAUACAUGUAUAGAUCUAUGCAUAUAUGUAUAUACCACUCGUAGUGCCUUUCGGGUAGUCUCAACUUCCACACAGCAGGCCCUCCCUCUCUU